AUGGCGAUCCCGGCGGCCGCCUCCAACCUGAUGCCGUUCGACGACCUGGCUCGCCUGGCCGGCGCCGCCCCGCCGGUGCUCGCGUACCUACGAGCUAGGGGCGUCGACAGGACUUCGACGCUGGCGCUCAUCGCUGCCACUCAGGAAGACCUGCGGCGCAUUCUGUUGCAGCCCUUCGUCGACGGCAUCGACGUCGACGGUACACACCACAAGCUCGACGACCAACACAAGGAGGUCGCCGCCGCCAUCGUCACACACAUGUGGACUGAGGCCCGCCGCCAAUGGGAGGCGCACUGCCAGACGCCGCAGCUGCAACCGGCGCCGGCAGCGCAGGCCGGCGCUCCGGCGGCCCCUCCGGCGAGGCCAGACGACAAGCCCCCGAAGUCGUUCUUGGCGUGGGCGACGCAGGUGGAGGCCUACAACAGCCGCCUCCUGGACGGCGCUCGUCGGCGCUUCCCGACGCAGACGCUCCUCGGUGCCGAGGAGGUGUUGGCCAGGAUCUGGCACGAACACACGGCGUCGAAAGCAUACACGCCGGUGUCGCUCACUGAGAUCCUGUCUCGACGCACGUACCAAGCGUCGGGGGAGAUCAACCCCCACGCCGUGCGGCGGGCCUCCGGCGCGGCGGAGGAGAAGGAGUGGUCCCCUCGGACCCUCCUAGCGGUCCUGGACGGCGUCGACGCGGUCAGGUGGGCAUGGAUCUUGGUCGACCUGGGGCCGGAGUCGGCGGUCAACACCUUCAUCGACUGGUUCUCGGCGAAGGCGCGCUCCAGGCCCACCAUGAUCGAGCAGGUCGUCGACUUCUGGUCGGCGAUCGGCUGGACGCUGGCGAUGGACCUCCGACUCGGCAAGUCCUUCGGCGAGGCGACCAAGGCGAUCAUGGACGACCACGCCCUCUUCUACGAGGUCAUGGCGCGGCCGCCGAAGCAGCCGCCUCGUCGCCCCAACCCCGACCACGCCGCGGCCGCCGAGACGGCGGACGACGCGGAGCAGCCGACCAAGGGGGCUGGCCGACGACGAGGGGGAAGGAGCAGGAAGCCCAAGGGACGUGGUCGUGGGUCCACCCCCCCGCCGCGCGCCCCCGCCCACAGCGCAGGCAGGCCGAGGACGCCUGGUCUUCCUGGAACGACGAUCGUCGAGCUGGCUCCUCCGGCCAACGCCGCGACGACUGGGCUCCUGGAGCUCAUGGUCCAACACCGGCGGCCAGCAGUGGGGCAGAGAGGCGCAGGAGUCCCAGCCCAAGAAGGGCUCCGGCGCCAAGCGCUAGGGACAGCGCGGGGCCUCGCCUGUCGCCCAGGGGGGCGAGGUACCCGACCCGCCGCCGAAGAGGAUUAA